UAACCCGGAAGUGUUCCACACCGCUCCGUGUUUACACAUGUCGGAGCUCUCACGCGGACAGACGUUUUAACUCAAUACAAUGUCGUCAAAGAAAAAUAAAAGCAAACCCAAAAGCGCGAGUGAAGGAGACGGUUCAGUGCUGUCGAAGGAGACCUCGAGCGGCGACCUGCAGACACCUGGUCGCGAGGGAGGAAGGUGCGCGAGCUUAAACAGCAACUCGUUCACCGUCAUCGAUUUCAUUGACAAAGCCGACGACAAAACGCCCAAAAGUUGCAGAUGGACUUUAGUCCAGCUGAGCCUCAAUUCAAUGAAGUCAGCCGGCGUUUGCAUCGGGAGGCCGGUCCUGCUGACGAGUCCCACGGGACGACAAGAGGUGUGUUCAGGUUGGCCCGUCGCCUCCUUUCCUGCAGGAAAAGUGGGUCUUCAGAAAUGUGCCCAGAAUAACCUCCGAGCGAAGUCUGGGGAGGAGGUGACGCUGCACCCACUGACGGGUGCUGUGCUCCGGGCCGAGGAGGUGGUUCUCUCCAACAGGGCAAAAGAUGACACGCUGGAGACGGACGAGUUCAAGAGCUUCUUUCUGCGCUCUCUGGUUGGGAACGUCCUCUUGCCAGGAAACGUCGUCUCCCUGACUUACUUUGGCCGCUCGUGCAGUCUGCGCGUCGAGGCCAUAACGGGGGAGGACGGGGUCACCCUGCACAGACCCGCUGCUGGUCCGGGACCGGCGGAGUCCUCCUCCGUGAUGGACUCCUCCUCCGUGAUGGACUCCACCUCGGCCGACCUCUCCCUGCAGCUCAGCCUGCUCACCGUGGACGACGACGACGGGUCGCCGCGUGGGGGGCCGGGCCCGGCGGCCAGCACCCCGCGCCGACCGGCACACCUCGCUCCAGUCUCCUCGCCCCUCGCUCCUUGCACACCGCCCCCCCGGAGUCCUCCCGCGGGGUCGGCGGAGGACGCCGCCGUCGGUCUAGAGGGCUCGCUGGGCUCGGAGAAAAUCCCCACGGCUCCCCCUGGUGGCGCACUGAGCACCGACACCUUCUACUGCCUGUCCUGCUCCACGAAAGUCCGAGUCGGACACGGGGCGGGGCGGGAGGAUCCGGACGCACAGGCUGCAAGGUCAAAGGUCGACUACAGCAUGAUCGGGGGGCUCAGCAGCCAGUUGGACGCCAUCAGAGAGACCAUCGAGCUUCCUCUGAAACACCCCGAGUUGUUCUCCACCUACGGGAUCCCACCGCCCCGCGGAGUGCUUCUGUACGGGCCCCCCGGCACCGGGAAGACCAUGAUUGGACGAGCCAUAGCCAACGAGGUCGGCGCUCACAUGACGGUGAUCAACGGGCCAGAGAUCAUGAGCAAAUUCUACGGUGAAACCGAGGCGAGGCUGAGGCAGAUAUUCACCGAAGCGUCUCAGAGACAACCUGCGAUAAUCUUUAUCGACGAGCUGGACGCUCUGUGCCCGAAGAGGGACGGGGCGCAGAGCGAGGUGGAGAAACGCGUCGUGGCUUCUCUGCUGACUCUGAUGGACGGCAUCGGUUCAGAGGGUCACGCCGGUCAGCUGUUGGUUCUGGGGGCCACAAACCGGCCCGAUGCCCUCGACCCCGCCCUGCGGCGACCGGGGCGCUUCGACAAGGAGCUGGAGGUGGGCGUUCCGAGCGCCGCGGAGCGGGCGGACAUCCUGCGGAAGCAGCUGAGCCGCGUGCCGUGCGGCGCCGCCGCCGAGGAGGUGACGCAGCUCGCCGCCGCCGCUCACGGUUACGUGGGAGCCGACCUGGCGGCCGUUUGCAAAGAGGCAGGCAAGUAA